AUGUCUUUCUCCUCCGAUCAUCCAUGGAUCUACGACGUGUUCAUAAACUUCAGAGGAGAAGAAACUCGUCACAACAUCGUUUCUCAUCUCUAUGUUGCACUCUCAAAUGCGGGAAUCAACACUUUUCUUGACAACAAGAAUCUUACAAAGGGAGAGGAGCUAGGACCAGAACUGAUGAGGGCAAUAGAGGGCUCUAAGAUUUCUAUUGUUGUUUUAUCAGUCAACUAUACAAAUUCUAGCUGGUGUCUUAACGAGCUGUUACAUAUCAUGGAAUGCCGCAAAAAGUAUGGCCAGAUCGUUUUACCCGUAUUUUACGGAAGUGUAUUGAUUAUUACAACUAGAGAUGUACGCCUUCUCAAUUCACUCAGUGCUGACCAUGUCUUCACAAUGACGGAAAUGGACGACAACCAGUCUCUUGAACUUUUCAGCUGGCAUGCUUUUCGACAACCAAGUCCUAGAGAAGAUUUUAGUGAACUCUCUAGAAAUGUAGUUGCUUAUUGUGGAGGAUUACCAUUGGCUCUUGAAGUCCUUGGAUCUUACUUAUUUGAGAGGACGGAAAAGGAAUGGAAAAGUGCUCUAUCAAAAUUAGAGAAAAUUCCCAACAAUCAUGUGCUACAGAAAUUGAGAAUCAGUUAUGAUGGUCUAAAAGAUUAUAAGGAAAAGGAUAUAUUUCUUGACAUAUGUUGUUUCUUCAUUGGAAAAAACAGAGCUGAUGUUACAGAGAUACUUAAUGGCUGUGGACUUCAUGCUGAUAUUGGAAUAGCUGUCCUCAUAGAGCGCAGCCUCGUAAAAGUUGCAAAGAAUAACAAGCUUCAAAUGCAUGAUUUGCUAAGAGACAUGGGUAGAGCAAUAGUUGGCGAAAGUUCAGCAAAAGAGCCUGCAAAGCAUAGUCGACUGUGGUUUCAAGAGGAUGUGUUGGAUGUUUUGUCAAAAAAUAUUGGAACAGAAACUGUUGAAGGAUUGAUUUUGAAGUUGCAUAGAACUGGCAGAAUUUGCUUCAGUACUAAUGCUUUUCAGGAGAUGAAAAAACUGAGGCUUUUAAAACUUGAUGGUACUGACCUCAAAGGAGAUUAUGGAUUAAUUUCCAAACAAUUGAGAUGGGUUGAUUGGCAACGAUCUACCUUCAAAUUUAUACCCAAUGGCUUUGAUAUGGGAAAUCUAGUUGUUUUGGAAUUAAAAUAUAGCAGUGUUGAACAAGUUUGGCGGGAGACCAAGUUGUUGGAGAAGCUAAAAGUUCUUAAUCUCAGUCAUUCCAAGUACUUGAAAAGAACUCCGGACUUUUCAAAAUUACCGAAUUUAGAAAAGCUCAUCAUGAAGGAUUGUCCAAGUUUGUCUGAGUUGGAAGAAGACGUGGGGCAGAUGGAAUCCUUGACAACUCUAAUUGCAGCAAAUACUGGUAUCAAGAAAAUUCCUUUUUCAAUAGUAAGAUUAAAAAGUAUUGGAUAUAUAUCACUAUGUGAAUAUGAAGGAUUAUGGCAUGAUGUUUUUCCUUCUCUCAUUUGGUCAUGGAUUUCACCAACCAGAGAUUUCAUUCCCCAUGUUUUUCCAUUUGGAGGCAACUCAUUGUCUCAUGUUUCAUGGGAUGUAGAUAGUAUUAUGGACUAUCAUUCACCAAUUCUUAGAUGUGUUUGGGUUCAAUGCCAGUCCGAAACUCAACUAACUCAAGAAUUACAAAAGUUUGUCGAUUAUCUAUAUGAUGUGAAUUUUACUAAGUUGGAACACGGACCAAACACCUCAGAUCAUUCCUUGAGAUCACUUGUGAUUGGAAUGGGAAAUACCGAAAUAAUCAUGGAUACUCUUGGGAAGAGCUUAUCACAGGGAUUGGCAGCCAGUUCUAUUGAUUCUUUUCUUCCGGGCGACAAUUAUCCUUCUUGGUUAGCCUAUACAUGUGAAGGAUCUUCAGUAAUUUUCCAAGUGCCUGAGGAUAAUGAUUGCGGCAUGAGUGGAAUAAGCUUAUGCGCUCUUUAUUCAUCAAUGCCUGGAAACCUGAUAACAGAAUGUCUCACUAGUAUCUUGAUCAUUAAUUACACAAAAUUAACUAUCCAGAUUUACAAGCGAGACACAGUAAUGUCAUUUAACGAUGAAGAUUGGCAAGGUGUGGUAUCAAAUUUAGGAGUUGGUGACAAGGUUGAGAUAUUUGUAGCUAUUGGGCAUGGAUUGACUGUUAAGGGAUGA